AUGCAGGACAUGGUGGAGGCCCUGAAGUCUUCGGAACCGGCGCCCACGGCCAGCGCCAAGAAGAAUGAUCCGGACAAGCCCAAAGGUCACAAGGUCAUCGACUUGCCUGCGCAUUUGAUCAGGGUCCUCAUUGGCAAGGCCGGAUCCACCAUCCGCGAGGUCAUCAGCAGGACCGGGGCCGACAUCAAGGUGAACCACUUGCCACAUGAGCCUCAAGGGAGCAUCUCUGUGGUGGGAGACAUCGCGAAGACUGAAGCGGUGAUCCAAGAGAUCUUCCGGGCCAGAGGAUGCAAGUGGUCUCCAACAGGAGCACCCUUAGCGGAGCAGAGCGAGGAGACCACUCAAGGGCUCGGUGUGGUACGACGCGCAGGGCUCGUGUGCGGCGAUGUCGGUGAGGUUCCACCCACGCGACAGGAAGACGUGAAGAUUCCGCAUGACCUCGUAGGGCUCUUUAUCGGCAAAGGGGGUGAGACCAUCAAGGACUUGCGGGAGAGGUGUGGAGGACAAGUCUCGAUCACCAUUCAACCUGCCUCAACGCCUGGUGGCAUGCAGGGUGUCCGUGUACCUUGGACGAUUGGCAUGAGGGUCGGGGUGGUCGUGGUGGCGCUGCUGAUGCUGCAGAGGUGGCUUCUUGUACAAUCAGAUGAACAAGAUGGCUCUGUCCGAACUUACAUGUAA